UGACGCAGUGAACGACCAACGAGAGCAGUCGUGAAGGGUGUUCCACUAUCGUUCGCCACCAGCAAGGGUAUAUAAACUGCCGAUGGAGUUCAAAGAGGGGUUUGAAGCAAGUCAAGAAUAGCGGUAAAAGGGUAACAGUCUCAGACAGGGUCCUUGCUACUGAACACAGACUCGGAGCGCAGCGAGACCGAAGAGCCCUAAACGUUUUCGAUUGCUAUUGGCUUUUAUUUUGAAAAACUUUUUCAGUGUGUCAUGCAACUUUCCUAAAUUCAGCCAUUGAUCAUUUUUCGAGUUAUUUUUCUCUUCUAAAAAAAAUCACCUCUGUUGACAUCCUGUGUUGAUGUAAACAGACCUGGCACAGAGGUGCUUAUACCUUGCAUAAAAAGGUAUAUUCCGAAAUUAAAGGGAUCUGCAGAACAAAGUGGCCAUGCCUUACGAUCUAGCGGGUGUGUUUGACAACCGGGCGGAUUAUAAAUCCGAGAAACAGUGCCAAAGAACCUCCUUUGCCUUCUACCAAGCAGUGCGGGACCUGUUACCAGUAUGGGUGCUCGAGGACAUGCGGACAAUGGAGGUGUUUCAUUGGGAAGAUGACGGGCGGGCGUGCGCUUUUACUCCAUCCGAGGCUUUUCUGUAUGCACUUGUGCACGAUCAUCAACAAUACGCCAGAUACCUGCUCAACAGAUACUCUGUCGGCGCACUGGAGAUGCCCAGUCGAAGCUUCUGCUGCUGCCAAGCAUCCGCAACACCGCAUCUCACAGUAGCUGUCCGCUAUAACCGUAUUACUAUCCUCAAAAUGAUUCUGGACUCUCUGAAAGACUUCUCCGAUAGCGAGCGCGUGAGCUACUUUAACAGUCGUGGAUGUUUUCACAUGGAAGGAGGCAAAGGCGCAUUGCAUAUGGCGUGUGAACUGGUUCGCCCUGAGUGUUUGAUUCUGUUACUAGGACACGGUGCAUGUCCUUAUGUGACAGAUCGAGAUGGGAACACCCCCUUGGACUGCCUCUUAAAUCAGAUACGCCAGGGUGAGCCUGACAUGCGCCGGAAGCACGUCUGCCUUGGUUAUCUCAUUCUCUUCAUGCCAAAAUUCCAUUUUCAAAUGAAGGGACAGUUGCAGAAGAAUCCAGGGCUGUGGCAGAGUCUUAUUGGAGAGCAGGCGUUCCAGUGGCUCUCAGGACUAUCUCCUCCCUCUCUCUUUGUUCAGGCUAUGCAGAAGAUGACCCAGUCCAUACCUGUUGAACAGCUGGACCCUCUGCCAGACUUUCUGAAACCACUGGACUUCAGGCUACACCAGUAUGCCAGUUAGACUCUCUCAGACCUCUCAGAUAAAACUACUGUACUGACUUCUGGACUCAAAGGUUUAUUUUUGGCUAUGGUGUGCACAGUUUGACAACAGUAUCAAUAAAAGUGAAUUAAAUGCUGCAUGUGGCUUUGUAAAUAGCAAUAACUUAAAAAGUUCUUAAAAUGUUGUUUAAAAACAAUGCACUUUAGAAUAAAUGUAUAUUAAUUAAUAUUUAAUAUUUGACACUAAAGAGUGAAUAAUGGUGUUAAUGUUGCAAUGUGUAAAUAAAAUACUAUUAUUGUCUAUUAAAUAUAUUAACCUGUUGUUUUCUUUGAUCUAUAAUGUGCUUCACCUAUAUGGCCAUUAUCUGGAGGUAGUGGGCUGAAGGGGCGCAGAGAACAUGUUUUUACAAUGUUACUACUACAGUAAUUACACAGUUACUACACAGGCAACGGAAAAAACUGUGUAGUUACAGAUCAACAGAAUAAAUUAUAGAAUAGGUCCAAAACUAUAUGACAGCAUGAACAUAUGUUUUACAUCAUGGAUUCACCCACCCAUAAAACAUGGCACAAUGGUUUGAAUGAGCUCUUAACACACAUUCAUGGUUUUGUUUUCUCUGACAAAUGCAUGGCUCGUGGUCAGAAGGAGAACAUUCUCAACUCCAGUCCUGGGCUGGGCCCCCACAUUUUUGUUCCAGCUCAGCACUGUGUUAGUGCUGGUCUAGAGCAAAAAUGUGCAGUCCUAUGGAGUUGAGAAACACUGCUUUAUGGUGGUCAUACAGUAUCAUCACGUAGAGUCACUGUAAACAUCUUUAUUAAGGAAGUUCAUACUGAGGAGAGGCAUGGAUUCAUACAGUGGACUUACAGUACUGUGCAUCCCAUGAAAUAGACGCAAAGAGGGGCUACAGUACUUCAACCUGUCCAGUAUAUUCCAAAACAUUGGUCAUUUGAUGACCCAUCAGAUUUUUUUAACAUCUCAAAUGGCACCCUAUUCCCCUAUAAAGUGCACUACUUUUGACCAGGGCGCGGGCUCUGGUCAAAACUAUUUAUUAUUGAUAUUUUUUAUGAAGGAUCCCCCACUGUUGAAACAAUAAAGUAGUGCACUAUAUAGGGAAUAAUAGGUUGCCAUUUGGGAGGCACCCAUUGUCAAAGUGAAUUGAACUGGCAAACCCCUAACGACUAAGUGGCACUGAUGUAGAGUACAGUAUUCAGAAGCAGCAUUAUGAUACCAUGUAGUAUGCCUAAUGUCAAUGUGUAACCCUGGUUUCUCUAUGUUAAUAUUAUAGCUACAUAAUUCAGCAUUGUACUAUAGUACUAGUUAAGCCACACAAAUAGCUUUUCACAAACACCAACCAACUUUUUCACAAAGCUAUGAGAUGUACUAGUCAGUGAUUGAGUUAUAUUUUCAAAGCUGUUUAGCUGUCGUUAAUAUGUUUGAUAAAAGUGUCUGUCAACCAUUAAAUGCAUGAUUCCCGUAUAUAUACAGUAGCUGUAAUAAGACUGGAUAAAUUAAUUGGUUAGUUUCCCUUUCUGGUAGUUAUACAAAAUACACGUUAGAAAUCUCCCAGCUCAAACUCCUGCAAAUUAAUAUCCCUUCCUUAGUGAGCACACAGCAUUCCACAGUAAAAAAAGGAAGCAUCAAUCUGUGCACAGUAAGCACCUACACAGAGAUGACUUUAUGGUACCCUUGCACUGUGCCUAACGUGAUCAAUUUCUCCAUUCAAGUACUUACAUUCACAUGUUUACCUGUGUUAUUAUAUACAGUAAAAAAAAAAAAAAAAAUGGAUCUCCUUCCUACUACCAUCAUAGUUCCC